AUGAACCUCAACUUCACGGCUCCCGUGCACCCCGUCUCGACGGGCAGGCCCACCUCCUUCUUCAUCGAGGACAUCCUGCUGCACAAGCCCAAACCCCUGCGGGAGGUGCCCCCCGAGCACUUCCCCGGCUCCCUGGGCUCCCGAGUGCCCCUCUUGGACUAUGGGUACCCCCUGAUGCCCACCCCGACCCUGCUGGCGCCUCACCCGCACCCCGCCCUGCACAAGCCGGAGCAUCACCACCACCACCCCUAUUUCCUCACCACCUCGGGAAUGCCGGUGCCAGCGCUUUUCCAGCACCACGCUCACGCCGAGCUGCCCGGGAAGCACUGCCGCCGCCGCAAAGCCCGCACCGUGUUCUCCGACUCGCAGCUCUCCGGCCUGGAGAAGAGGUUUGAGAUCCAGCGGUACCUCUCCACUCCCGAGCGGGUGGAGCUGGCCACGGCCCUCAGCCUCUCCGAGACACAGGUCAAAACCUGGUUCCAGAACCGCCGCAUGAAGCACAAAAAGCAGCUGCGGAAGACGCAGGACGACCCGAAGCAGGCUGGCGGGGAGGAGAGCCGCGAGCAGAGCUCCCCCGAGCCCGAGCUGCCCGAGCCGGCCGGAGCCGAGCCCCGCAAGGGCCCCCCCGGCCCCUUCCUGCUGCAGGACCCCGAGGACGAGGUGGACAUCCUGGAGGAGGGGGACAUCUGCCCCCACCGCCUCUAGGAGAGCCGGGGCUCUCCUGCCUCUCCUCGGCUCUGCCCCGGCCCCCGCCUCCCCACCUCGGCAACGCGCACAGGGAAGGGGGUGUGGAUGCCGGGGGAGCCCCCUCCUCUCCCCGGGCCGAAGGUGGCGAUGCCCCCGGUGGGCCGGGACCCCGCGGUGCCGCCGGUGCCCCCCAGCAUCGCCCCAAGGCUGGGCUUUGCUCGGAAACCUGGGGCGGGGGGGAGUGAAACGAGCAGGGUUGGCUUUAGGUUCCCCCUUCCCUCCGAAAUGCCGGACUUUUCCUCGUUCCCCGAACUUUCCUCGGGUGUAAAAUAAAUGUAUACUCGUGGCAGCAUGUUGUGGUUCCUGGGAGCGGCAGGCAGGGCGAAUUUCAGCCUUUAUUCCCCGAAUCCCUAAAUCCUCGGCGCUUUUCCCACGCUCGCCGUCUCCAUCCCCAGCGCGGAAGGUCGGGCAGAGCUUCCAAGAGGUGAAUAAAUAAAAAGAAUUGUAAGAAAAGCCCCUCCGAAGAAACAGGUAAGGCAAAAAUUCCGGUUUAUUUCAUUCCUCUAUGGGGAAGUGAAGGGGGAAGCAUCGCCAAGAGCUCGAUCCUACCACGGCUGCACGGAGCAAACGGCGCUCCCAGCCAGGAAAAAAAAAAAAAAAAAAAAAAAAAAAAAAAAGGGAUUUUCCGCAGCUUGGGGAAGUGCCGGCAGCGUGAUUCCUGCCCGGCUUCCAGGUGUGGAUCCAGGAUAAUUCCCUUUUCCUCUGGAACAGCCCCGGAGGGGCUCCCGCCUCUGGCUCCUGCUCCCCUCCUGCAUCUCCCCCCU